UUCCACAAGUGACAAGGAAGCCAGACACUACCAAGGCAGCUUCUGAGUCCUUCUCAGCAUCCUCCUCCCAGCCACCAAGGAGCCCCGAGGUCCUGGCUUCCUGGCCUCUGGCCUCCGGCCCUCAUCCAUGUCUCUGAGGGGCGUGGGCUCUGUCUGAGAGAUUCUCUCUGUCUCUGUCCCACCCUCUCCCUCACUUUCUCGCUGCCUCUGCCGGCCCCCAGCCCCCCACCUCCAGCAUGUUCCUCAUGCUGACAGCACUUCAGAUCUUGGCUGUGGCCACGGCACAGAGCCAGGGCAAUGAGAACAAGAUAAUCGGCGGCUACACUUGCAUCAGGAACUCCCAGCCGUGGCAGGCUGCCCUACUGGCAGGUCCCUGGCAUCGUUUCCUCUGUGGAGGGGCCCUGCUGUCUGACCAGUGGGUCAUCACCGCUGCUCACUGCGCCCGCCCGAUACUUCGAGUAGCUCUGGGCAAGCACAACCUGAGGACGCGGGAGGCCGCCCAGCAGGUGCUGCGCGUGGUGCGCCAGGUGCCCCACCCCCAGUACAACUCCCGGACCCACGAUAACGACCUGAUGCUGCUGCAGCUGGAGCGGGCUGCUCAGCUGGGGAGGACGGCGAGGCCCAUCUCCAUGGCCAGGUCCUGCGCCAGCCCCGGGACUCCCUGCCGUGUGUCUGGCUGGGGCACCAUAUCCAGUCCCAUUGCCAGGUACCCCAACUCCCUGCAGUGCGUAAACAUCAAUGUCUCCCCGGACCAGGAGUGUCGGCAGGCCUACCGGGGAGCCAUCACCCCUGGCAUGGUCUGUGCGGGGGUCCCCCAAGGUGGGAAGGACUCCUGUCAGGGUGACUCCGGGGGACCCCUGGUGUGCAGAGAGCAGCUCCAGGGCCUCGUGUCCUGGGGGAUGGAGCACUGUGCCCAGCCCGGCUACCCUGGCGUCUACACCAACUUAUGCAAGUACCAAGCCUGGAUCCAGGAAACCAUGCGGGGCAGAUCAUAGGCAGUGCGACAGACUCGGCCCCUGCCCACGUGCUCCCCGAGACCCAGGCAUCCUGGCCCCCCCAGCUCCUCCUCCCUCGGACCCAGCCCCCAGCAUCCUGAUCCUGACCCCUGGCUCAGAACUCCUGCCUCCCAGCACAGUUCCUUCCAGCAGGCAUUCUCUCCACACCCCUCUCCCAGCACCCUCAUCAUUAUUCAAGGUACCCCAUAGGGCACACAGAGCAAGAAGGCAAAGGCACCCACCUGGCAGCAUAUUCCAAAGAAGACCAUUUUCGAAACUCUUGGCAUCUCUAAGCACCAAAUAAACCCUACUAAUAAAAAUUUUACGAUCCCAAA